UCUUUUCAAUGAUAUUUUAAAGGAUUUAAAUAACAUAAAUAGUUUAAAAAAAAAUGUUAUAAAAUGUCUGUUCUUAUAAAUGAUGGUGAAACCAUUGAUGACAAUGACAUGCAAAAAUGUGAUGUUGGCCAACUAAUUCUACAUGUUGAAAAGAUUAAAAACCGAAUUCAGAUAAUCAGCAAGAUGGCCGGCUAUAUAAAAUCAAUUAUACAAUGGAAAAGACCAAUAGUUACAAUAUUUUGGAUGUCAGUAUUUUGCUUUGCUAUUAUAAUUAAUCCAAUAUAUUUAUUCAUUGCAUUCAUUAUUCCAAUUCCACCUUUUAUGCUGGUUGAGCUGCUUCGAUCAGUUGGUAAAAAACCAGUACCUGAAAGAAGGUAUCAAGAUCUAUUUGAAAGAAAAGACAACUAUUAUCAUCAGAUAUUGAAGUAUGAAGAGCAAGUAAAAAGGAAAGAGCGCUUGAAUAAAUAUGUAGAAACAUUAAUGUUGCUGCAAAACAUAUUCAAGGAUAUUAAUCUGUUUUUCGACAGUAUAGAGUCAAUAUUGAAAUGGAAGCAUCGAAAAGUUUCUUUUUUGUUGAUGACAAUGGUUGUUCUUGUUGAAUUUUCAUUAUAUUUCUUUGAUAUUCGAUUUUUGCUAAUAUUUAUGGUGUUAGUGAUUUUCUUUGUAAACAAAUAUUUAUAUAGAGUGAUUUUAAAUUUGUUGACCAAACUUAAAACAGGUGUGGUUUCAUUGACAAAAUAUAAAACAGUUGUGGCUAAUGAAAAGUUAAUGAAUGCCCCAGUGGAUAUAAUAGAAGAAGCAAACAAAGAAAAUCAGAGCUAUGAUGUUACAGAUUAUGUCGAGGAUAUGAGCAGUUCCUCCGAAAGUGAUGAAGAUGUUGUUGAUGUUGAAGAUAUUAACAAUUCCUCAGCAUAUAAUCAUCACAGUUCAAAAGCAAGCAAGCAAGGAACGUUUGUAAUGUCAAAGUUUUUUUUGCGUCCUCUUCAUCGAAGAAAUAAGAUUGCAGAAACUUGUUCAAGCUGUUAUCAACCAUGUUCCUCCAUACUGAACAAAAGAGUGGUGUUGUUGCUAUUUUUAUGUAGCGUUAUUGUCGACAUUGUGGUAAAAGUUUCUGUGCUAAAUGCUGCCAUAAAAGCGUACCGAGAUCUUUUCUUGGAGCAACAGCUCCAGCCGCUCAUCAAGAAAAGGUUUUGGUUUGCAUGAGCUGCCACGCUUUUGUUACUAAUCGCUUCAACUCUACGCCUUCUGAAAUAGUUCUAUAGAAUGAAGAUAUAAUGUUAUUGCUAAUAAUUGUAAAGAAUUGAUCUAAACAUUUAAUAUAAUAUAAUUAUUCUCCGUAGAAUUUCCGAAGAAAAACAAAGCUAAUGGCUUUUGAAAUAUAUAAUAAAUAUUUAAUUAAUUCAA